AUGUCUGUUUUUCCCUCCAUAAGUUUCCUGAACAAUAUGGAAUCCACAAAUCAAACAAAUACAAUAGAAUUCCUGCUCUUGGGCCUUUCAGAUGAUCCUGAAUUGCAACCCAUCCUUUUUGGUCUGUUCCUGUUUAUGUACUUGGUCACAUUUCUUGGGAACCUAUUAAUUAUCCUGACCAUCAGUUCAGAUUCCCAUCUCCACACACCCAUGUACUUUUUGCUCUCCAACCUAUCCUUGGCUGACAUCUGUAUAAGCUCUACUACAGUCCCAAAGAUGCUCUUAAACAUCCAAGCACAGGACCAGAGAAUAUCAUACACAGGCUGCCUCACUCAGGCUUGCUUUGUCUUGGUUUUUGCUGGAUUAGAAAAUUGUUUGCUUGCAGCAAUGGCCUAUGACCGCUAUGUAGCCAUCUGUCACCCUCUGAGGUACACAGUUAUCAUGAAUUCACACUUAUGUACUCUACUCAUUCUGGUUUCCCUGAUCAUUAGUGUUGUGAAUGCACUAUUGCUCAGUCUCAUGGUGCUACGGCUGACUUUCUGCACAGACUUGGAAAUCCCCCACUUCUUCUGUGAACUUUCUCAGAUCAUAAAGCUUGCCUGCUCUGACACACUUAUCAAUAAGAUCUUGAUUUAUACAGCAGCUCUCCUAUUUGGUGGUAUUCCUUUCUUUGGAAUUUUUCUGUCUUAUAUUGAAAUUGUCUCCACUGUUUUGAAAAUCCCAUCAGGGCAGGGACGGUACAAAGCCUUUUCCACCUGUGGGUCUCACCUGUCAGUAGUGUCCUUGUUUUAUGGGACAGGUUUGGGAGUGUACAUUAGCUCUGCAGUUACAGAAUCUCCCAGGAACUCAGCAGUUGUUUCAGUUAUGUAUUUCACAGUCACUCAGAUGCUGAACCCCUUUAUCUACAGCCUGAGGAACAGGGACAUGAAGGAAGCCUUGAGAAAACUCACUGUUAGGAUGGCUUCCCUUAUUUGA